UUUCCUUCGCCAUUUAAUUAAUUAAAUACCUAUAAAGCUUCGGUCUUUGACUUCCAUCAUCCGUUUGAGAAAACCUCCCCAGCACCUAUUGUCAGCCCUCAGAGCUCGGGUGAAAACAGCUCGUUUCAUAGUCAAUUGGGGAGAAACCCAGAAGAAAGAUUUGGUGCUCUGCUUUCCAAAACACAAGAGACCAGAGGAAAAAGUUGCGAACUUUUCCUAUCUGAUUAAAGAAGAAAAGAGAAAGAUUGUUGGACUCUCGUUGGCCGGGUAAUGAAUGGCUGCUCCGCUGACCAUGUGGGACGGCGUUCUGGAGAUAACCCAGAUGGCGCAAGCCAAGGUCGGCGAUCCUCUGCUAUGGGCUCUGCAAAUAUCUUCCAAUUUGAGCUGCUCUGGCAUCUCCUUGCCUUCCCCUGAGCUCGCCAAUGUGUUGGUUUCUUACAUUUGUUGGGACAACAACGUUCCCAUUAUGUGGAAGUUCCUCGAGAAGGCUUUGGUUCUCAAGAUUGUUCCUCCAUUCUUGAUUCUUGCUCUGCUCUCAGAGAGAGUUAUUCCAUGCCGACGCUCAAAGCCGGUGGCGUAUAGACUAUACAUGGAGCUCCUGAGAAGGCAUUCUUUUGAGCUGAAGGGUCAAAUAAAUGGCCCAAAUCAUGAGAAGGUCAUGAAAUCGAUAGAUGGAGUUCUUCACCUUUCCGAGAUUUUUGGUCUAGAAGCAAGUGAUCCGGGGAUCAUUGUGGUUGAGUUCCUCUAUGCAACUGUGUGGCAGUUGCUAGAUGCGUCUUUGGAUGAUGAAGGAUUGCUUGAACUUGCAUCAGAUAAAAAGUCCAUGUGGCCAAUAAAGCCUCAAGAUAUGGAAAUAGAUGGUCAUGAAAUUUUUGAUGAGAUAAGAAUGGCACACAAUGAGAAGUUGCAUAACUUGAAUACAGUCAUGGCAGUUGAGUUGAUCGGAAGAUUUCUUCAGGACAAAAAGACUUCCAAGAUUCUUUACCUGGCACGUCACAACUUGCCCACUCAUUGGCCAAGAUUUAUUGAGAGAUUGCAGCUACUUGGAGCAAAUUCAUCCGCUCUAAAGAGUUCGAAAGUUUUAACUUCAGAGGAUCUUUUGCGUCUGGCUUCAGAUAAGUGCACGGUUCUCACUCAUGAACCAAAACAGAACUUGCUGCAGAAUUUCCAUGCUGUUACUGGUUUAAUGUCUCCGCUAGUGACAUCCUCUGCUGUUCUGAGCGAUGGAGGCAGCAGUAUUUCUUCUCUUUGGCUUCCUCUUGAUCUUGCACUGGAAGAUGCCAUGGAUGGUUAUCAAGUCAAUGCUACAAGUUCUAUUGAGAUUGUAACAGGUUUGGUGAAAUCGCUUCAAGCUAUGAAUGGCACCACAUGGCAUGAUACCUUUGUAGGACUUUGGAUUGCUGCUCUCCGCCUUGUUCAGAGGGAAAGGGAUCCAAUUGAAGGUCCCGUUCCUCGCUUGGAUACACGUUUGUGCAUGCUUCUAUCCAUUAUACCCCUUGUGGUUGCUGAGCUCAUUGAGGAACAGAAAAGUGUGGAUAUCAAUGAACUGAAAAAUGAUUCCUCAAAGGUUCCAGGAAGCCGUCGCAAUGAUGUGGUCUCCAGCAUAAAGUUAUUGGGUGACUACCACAGUUUGCUGAGUCCACCUCAUUCAGUUUUGUCACUGGCCAAUCAGGCUGCUGCAAAGGCUAUGUUACUCGUUUCAGGCAUCAGUGUUGGGAGUGCAUACCUUGAUUGUCUCAGCAUGAAUGAGAUGCCUGUCAAGUGUUCUGGAAACAUGCGCCAUCUGAUUGUUGAGGCUUGUAUAGCAAGAAAUCUGUUGGAUACAUCAGCAUAUUUUUGGCCUGGGUAUGUGAAUGGUCACAUUAACCAUAUACCUAAUGCCCCACCUCAGAUGCCUGGUUGGUCUGCAUUCUUGAAGGGUGCCCCUCUUACUCCAAUCAUGAUCAAUGCUAUGGUUUCAACACCAGCUUCAAGUUAUAUCAGACGAUCUUUUUGUUAAUUUUUACAAAGGGUAAAGCAACUGAAUUUAAGCUCAUGGAUUUUAUGGAAGUUUAGCAGAGCUGGAGAAAGUAUUUGAGCUAGCAGUUAAAGGAUCAGACGAUGAGAAGAUAUCAGCUGCUACUAUUCUCUGUGGUGCUUCUCUUCUUCGUGGUUGGAACAUACAGGAACACACUGCUCAGUUCAUUACCAGAUUACUCUCUCCCCCUAUGCCUGCAGAUUAUUCAGGGGAUGAAAGCCAUUUGAUAAGCAUUGCCCUUAUCUUGAAUGUACUAAUUGUUGGCAUAGCACCAGUUGAUUGUGUUCAGGUUUUCUCGCUACAUGGCUUGAUUCCACAGCUCGCUUGCUCAUUGAUGCCAAUCUGCGAGGUUUUCGGAUCAUGUGUUCCGGAUGUGUCAUGGAAGCUCCCCACUGGAGAUGAAAUCUCUGCCCAUGCUGUGUUCUCAAAUGCAUUUGCUGUUCUUUUGAAGCUAUGGAGAUUCAACCAUCCCCCUCUCGAACAUGGCGUUGGAGAUGUCCCAACAGUCGGAUCUCAGCUAACUCCUGAAUAUCUUCUGCUGGUAAGAAACUCCUACCUGCCCUCCUCUGGAAUAGUCCUCAACGAUCAAACCAAACGGAGACUUUCAGAGGUGGCGGCUUCAUCUUCUCCACACCCAGUGUUUUUGGAUUCAUUUCCAAAACUCAAGUGCUGGUAUAGGCAACACCAGAAGUGCAUAGCUUCAGCCCUCUCUGGUCUUGUUGAGGGAACUCCAGUUCACCAGACUGUGAAUCUCCUUCUUACCAUGAUGUUCAGAAAAAUGAAUAGAGGUAGCCAGUCGGUCACUACUAUUAACUCCGGAAGUAGUAGCUCAUCUGGACCAGGAAAUGAUGAUUCUUCUCUUAGACCUAACUUACCUUCCUGGGAAAUCUUAGAAGCCGUCCCUUUUGCGGUUGAUGCUGCUUUAACAGCCUGUGCUCAUGGAAGACUUUAUCCUCGUGAACUCGCCACAGGGCUGAAAAACUUAGCAGAUUUUCUCCCUGCAUGUUUGGCAACCAUUGUUAGUUACUUCUCAGCUGAAGUAAGUCGAGGUGUUUGGAAACCGGCAUUCAUGAAUGGCACAGAUUGGCCAAGUCCUGCAGCAAAUUUGUCCAAUGUUGAAGACAAGAUCAAGAAAAUCUUAGCAGCUACUGGCGUCGAUAUUCCUAGCCUUGCAGCAGGGGAAAGCUCACCCGCAGCAACUCUUCCACUGCCUCUAGCAGCUUUUGCCAGCCUCACCAUCACUUACAAAAUCGACAAAACCUCAGAAAGAUUCCUCAAUUUGGCUGGUCCAGCACUAGAAUCUCUUGCAGCAGGGUGCCCGUGGCCAUGCAUGCCAAUCGUGGCUUCCUUAUGGACCCAGAAGGCCAAACGAUGGUUUGAUUUUCUUGUAUUCUCAGCAUCACGAACGGUGUUCCUCCAUAGCAAUGAUGCAGUUUUCCAGCUCCUCAAAAGCUGCUUUGCUGCUACGCUCAGCGGUGCAUCCAUCUCAAGCAAUGGUGGAGUUGGAGCACUUCUUGGUCAUGGCUUUGGCUCUCAUUUCUGUGGUGGCAUAUCCCCAGUAGCUCCAGGAAUCCUCUACUUGAGAGUCUACCAUUCGAUCAGAGACAUUGAGUUCAUCACAGAAGAGAUCAUCUCUCUCAUGAUGCACUCCGUGACACAAGUUGCAUGCACUGGGCUUCCAAAAGAGAGAUUAGGGAAGCUGAAGAGGACCAGAAAUGGACUUCAGUGUGGCCAAGUGUCACUUGCUGCAGCAAUGACAAGAGUCAAACUUGCAGCUUCACUUGGAGCAUCUCUAGUUUGUUUAUCUGGUGGGCUAGGGUUGGUUCAACUACUGUUCAAAGAGACCUUGCCCUCUUGGUUUAUUUCUAGUUAUCGCUCCGAACAGGGAGAAGAAGAUGGCGGCAGCCUUGGAGGGAUGGUUGCUAUGCUGAGAGGGUAUGCACUAGCGUAUUUCGCUGUGCUCUGUGGAGCUUUUGCUUGGGGGAUAGGUAACUCAUGCUUGGCUUCCAAGAGGCGCCCUAAAGUCCUGAGGGCUCACAUGGAGUUUCUGGCUAGUGCCCUUGAUGGCAAAAUCUCUCUUGGCUGUGACAGUGCAACUUGGAAGUCGUAUGUGUCGGGUUUCGUGAGCCUGAUGGUGGGGUGCACACCUCCAUGGGUGCUUGACUUGGAGCCGGAUGUUCUAAUACGACUUAGCAAAGGUUUGAGACAGUGGAAUGAAGAGGAACUUGCUCUAGCUUUGCUUGGCUCUGGUGGGGUGAACACCAUGGGUACUGCUGCUGAAUUGAUAUCUGAAAUGCAAUAAUUUUCUAUUCUUUUUCUCCAUUUUUCUUUUGAGUAACCUUCGUGCCAGUAGCCCGUUAUUUUCCUUUUUUAACAUGUCUUGCUGUAGGCAGGAAAUCUUUAUAGGUUUCAUAGCAGAUUUAACAUAAGACAUGCUGUAGUCAGGAAUUUUGUGCAGUAAUCUUUGUACAGUCUUAGGUAUGAGAUUUUGUUCAAAUACAAGUCCAAGCGAGCAACAAUGUUUUGGUGUUUGGUUCGGUAUUUGUUUUGGUGCAUUUGUAUAAUUGUAUUGUAAAUUUCCAAUGAGAUGUAUUUGAAACCAAUAUAGUUUAGUUCAGUGCAUUUAUGAUGAAAAUACGAUGUAAUUGCUCAAUCGCAUGUUAUUGCAAAAUUUGAUUUCCCAGAUACAUCCAACCAAGCCAAACGACCUGCAAGUCAAAUCCAAGGUGUUUAUUGAACUGAUAAAAUCUUACAACAGCAUCUCUCCAUUCAUGCGGAUUUGUACAUGACUAUAGCUGUGUGCAGAAAUCUGUUUCUGUGGACUAUAAUUAGAGGCAGGAGAGGUAUCAAUUACAAGAAGCAAGCAAUCAAACAACACCACUGUAGCCAGGCAAUCUCAGCAUUCUACUGCUUUGCAUAGCUUGCCUAACCGAAAACGCAUCUUCCCACUUCCCUGCAUCUGCAUACAGGUUAGACAGAAGAACUCUACUGGCGCCAUGGGAUGGUUCAAGCCUCGCCAGAUUCCCCGCAGCCCAUUCUCCUACAUCCACGUUGCCAUGAGUCCUACAAGCAGCCAACAGCGUGCCCCAUAUCACCACAUCGGCUUCCAUUGGCAUGCUCCUAAUCAGUUUCUCUGCUUCUUCAAGC